AUGCAGGCUGCUACUACAGUUAAUAUCAUCCUAGGCACUCAUGUGUGGGUGGAAGAUCCAGCAAUAUGUUGGAUUGAUGGACAAGUUACGAAAAUAAAUGGAAAGGAAGUUGAGGUUGAAACAACUGAUGGGAAGAAAGUCACCGCGAACUUAUCAAAAAUAUAUCCUAAAGAUGUGGAUGCUCCUGCUGGUGGAGUUGAUGACAUGACGAAGCUUUCUUAUUUGCAUGAGCCUGGAGUUCUGCAAAAUUUAUCCACCAGAUUUCAACUCAAUGAAAUCUAUACUUAUACCGGCAAUAUCCUCAUUGCCAUUAACCCAUUUCAAAGAUUGCCUCACUUGUAUGAAACUCAUAUGAUGGAACAAUACAAAGGAGCACCAUUUGGGGAACUAAGUCCUCAUGUUUUUGCUAUUGCAGACGUUGCUUUCAGGGCAAUGGUUAAUGAAGGAAAAAGCAAUUCGAUCUUGGUCAGCGGUGAAAGUGGAGCUGGUAAGACCGAGACUACUAAAAUGCUUAUGCGCUAUCUUGCCUAUUUGGGCGGUCGCAAAAGCACCGAAGGACGGACAGUUGAACAACAAGUUCUAGAAUCGAAUCCAGUUCUGGAAGCAUUUGGAAAUGCAAAAACUAUUAGAAAUAAUAAUUCAAGCCGCUUUGGAAAAUUUGUUGAAAUUCAGUUUGAUAAACAUGGAAGAAUAUCUGGAGCAGCCAUCCGAACUUACCUUCUUGAAAGAUCUCGUGUCUGCCAGAUUUCAGAUCCUGAACGCAACUAUCAUUGUUUCUAUCUUCUAUGUGCAGCACCUCCUGAGGAAGUUGAGAAAUAUAAAUUGGGAGAUCCUAAAACGUUUCACUAUCUCAAUCAAUCAAAUUGCUACCAACUCGUUGGUAUAAGCGACGCUCAUGAUUAUCUUGCCACCAGGAGAGCCAUGGAUGUUGUUGGAAUAAGUGACAAGGAUCAGGAAGCAAUUUUCAGACUUGUGGCUGGAAUUCUCCAUCUUGGUAAUGUUACAUUUUCCAAAGGAAAAGAGGUUGAUUCAUCACUCCUGAAAGAUGACAAAUCGAAAUUUCAUCUAAAGAUGACAGCAGAGCUACUCAUGUGUGAUCGUGCUGCGCUUGAGGAUGCAUUAUUAAAACGUGUGAUGGUUACCCCAGAAGAAGUUAUUAAAAGAAGUUUGCCUCCUGAGGCAGCAACUGUUAGCAGGGAUGGUUUGGCUAAGACAUUAUAUACCCGUUUAUUUGACUGGUUAGUUGAUAAAAUUAAUAUGUCUAUUGGCCAAGAUCCAAAUUCAAAAUCCCUGAUUGGUGUUCUUGACAUAUAUGGUUUUGAGAGCUUUAAGCAAAAUAGUUUUGAACAAUUUUGUAUUAAUUUCACUAACGAGAAGCUGCAACAACAUUUCAAUCAGCAUGUGUUUAAGAUGGAGCAAGAGGAGUACACCAAAGAGCAAAUUGACUGGAGCUACAUAGAAUUUGUGGAUAAUAAAGAUGUUCUAGAUCUUAUUGAAAAGAAACCUGGUGGAAUUAUUGCUCUGCUUGAUGAAGCCUGUAUGUUUCCCAAGUCAACUCAUGAAACAUUUGCACAGAAGCUUUAUCAGACAUUCAGUAAGCACCAACGAUUUAUCAAACCCAAAUUAUCUCGCAGCGAUUUCAUCAUUUCUCAUUAUGCUGGAGAGGUUCAAUAUCAAUCCGAACUAUUUCUAGACAAAAACAAAGAUUAUGUUGUUCCUGAACAUCAAGAUUUGUUGAUGGCUUCCAAAUGCUCUUUUGUAGCAUCACUUUUCCCUCCAAUCCCUGAAGAAACGAACAAAUCUUCAAGCAAAUCUGCUAAGUUCUCAUCAAUUGGUUCUCGCUUCAAGCUUCAACUUCAAUCAUUAAUGGAAACUCUGAAUUCCACAGAACCCCACUAUAUUAGAUGCGUGAAGCCAAAUAAUCUUCUUAAACCUUCUAUCUUUGAGAAUGCCAACAUCAUGCAACAAUUACGUUGUGGGGGGGUUCUAGAGGCAAUUCGUAUAAGCUGUGCUGGAUACCCAACUCGCAAGAGUUUCUUUGAUUUCCUCAACCGAUUCAGUCUUCUAGCUCCAGAGGUUUUGGGAGGGAAUCUUGAUGCAAAGGAUGCAUGUAAAAAAAUUCUUGAGAAGAUGGGCCUUCAGGGGUGUCAGAUAGGCAAAACGAAAGUUUUCCUUAGGGCCGGUCAGAUGGCUGAAUUAGAUGGACGGAGAGCGCAAAAACUUAACAAUGCAGCCAAGAAAAUUCAAAGAAAGAUAAGAACUCAUAUCGCCAGGAACCGUUUCCUUGCUUUGAGGAAAGCGUCUAUUUCAUUGCAAUCUCUAUGCCGAGGAAAUCUUGCUAUGAAAUUAUUUGAAUACAUGAAAAGGAAGGCUGCUUCACUUAAAAUACAGAAAAACUACCGGCGACACUUAUUUUGGAUGUCUUACAACAGACUCAAGUUCUCAGUCACCGUCCUCCAGACAGGUUUGCGAGCGAUGGCUGCUCAUAAUGCAUUCAGACACAGAAAGACAACUAAGGCAGCACUUCUUGUUCAAGCCAACUGGCAUCGUCAUAGAGACUUUAAAUACUAUAAGAGACUGAUGAGGGCAGCAAUUGUUACACAAACCCGAUGGAGGGGAAGAGUUGCUAGGAAAGAGCUCCGGAAACUAAAGAUGGCUGCAAGGGAAACGGGUGCACUCCAAGAAGCAAAGGAUAAGCUUCAAAAGCAAGUGGAAGAUCUCACUUGGCGUUUACAGUUAGAAAAACGGUUGAAGACUGAUUUGGAAGAAGCAAAAGGACAGGAAAUUCUGAAACUGCAGAACUCCCUGCAAGCCAUGCAGGUUAAACUUGAUGAAACAAAUGCAUUACUUACCAAGGAACGCGAGUCUGCACAGAAAGCAAUUGAAGAAGCAUCGGCUAUUGUCCAAGAAACCGCCCCAAUUCAUGUAGAAGACACAGAAAAGAUUGACAAAUUAAGUGCAGAGGUGGAAAGCUUGAAGAGUUUGCUAGAAUCAGAGAAAAAACGAGCUGAUGAAUCUGAACGGAAGUGCGCUGAAUACCUUGAAUCAAUUCAAACUAAGCAGGAGAAGUUGGAAGAAACUGUAAACAGGGCAAAUCAUCUUCAGGAAUCUUUGAAUAGGCUUGAGGAGAAGCUCGCCAAUAUAGAGUCAGAAAAUAAGGUUCUCCGUCAACAGGCUUUAACAAUGGCACAAAAUACCAAGCUACAGGCAGCACGGUCGAAAUCAAUUAGGAGGACUGAAAGUAUUAAAGCUCCUUCUGUGGAAGUUCAUAGUCCGACAAUGCAAUCAAGGGAUGCUGACGUGGAGGAGAGACCACAGAAGUCACUCAACGAGAAACAGCAGGAAUAUCAGGAUUUGCUCAUUCGAUGUAUUGCACAACACCUAGGAUUCUCGAAAGGCCGUCCCGUUGCUGCUUGCAUCAUUUACAAAUGUCUGAGGCAGUGGCGGUCAUUUGAAGUAGAAAAAACAAGCAUUUUUGAUCGUAUAAUUCAAACCAUAGGCCAAGCAAUUGAGACACAAGAUAACAACGAUGUCUUAGCCUAUUGGUUAUCCAACGCAUCAACACUGCUGCUGCUGUUGCAGCGUACACUGAAAGCUAGUGGCGCUGCUGGGGCCCCACAGCACCGACGAACAACAUCAGCUACGCUGUUUGGAAGGAUGACUCAGAGCUUUCGUGGAACUCCGCAAGGUGUAAACAUCUCUUUAAUAGACGGCGAGACAGAUAAUGCUUCCGAUACAUUACAGCAAGUUGAAGCCAAAUACCCUGCUUUGCUUUUCAAGCAGCAAUUGACGGCAUAUGUUGAAAAAAUAUAUGGGAUGAUACGAGACAACUUAAAGAAAGAGAUUUCCCCAUUGCUUGGAUUGUGCAUUCAGGCACCAAGAAUAUCGAGAGCAAACUUGCUAAAGGGGACGGCUGUUGCACUAGCGAGUGCUGCUUCUCAGGAUAUUCUGAUUGCUCACUGGCAAGGGAUUGUCAACAACAUUGGAUGUUUCUUAAACAUGUUGAAAUCUAACCAUGUGCCACCAUUUUUGGUACGCAAAAUCUUCACACAAGUUUUCUCUUUCAUCAAUGUACAAUUAUUCAACAGCCUUCUGUUGAGACGAGAAUGCUGCUCUUUCAGUAAUGGAGAAUAUGUUAAAGCAGGGUUGUCUGAAUUGGAACAAUGGUGCUACAAAGCAACUGAAGAGUAUGCAGGAAAUGCUUGGGAUGAGCUAAAGCACAUAAGACAAGCUAUUGGGUUCCUGGUUAUACAUCAAAAGCCAAAGAAGACACUGGAUGAAAUAAGCCAUGAUCUGAGCCCAGUUCUUAGCAUACAACAACUAUACAGAAUCAGUACAAUGUAUUGGGAUGACAAAUAUGGCACACACAGCCUUUCUCCAGAUGUAAUUUCGAAAAUGAGGGUGUUGAUGACUGAAGAUUCAAAUAAUGCUGUGAGUAGCUCUUUCUUGCUGGAUGAUGAUUCAAGUAUACCAUUCACUGUGGAUGAUUUGUCGAAAUCAAUGGAUCAAAUAAAUAUAUCGGAUAUAGAGCCACCACCGCUUAUUCGUGAUAACUCUGGUUUCAGUUUCUUAUUGCCACGUGCUGACUCAUGAUUAUAGGUUAUGAUUAAUUAAUUUUAGCAUUAAUUAGUACAAUUACUUGAAGUUGUAGAUGAUUUCCUUCCAAGCUCCCAUAUUUAGAUUCCAUUUUGUUA